UAUAACAUUUUUUUCACAAUGAUUGUUGUAUAAAUAUGUACAGAAUCAGACGAGAAAUGCCAGAAGUUAAAACUAACAAUUAAUAUUUACUAUACCAAUAGCUCAUAUGGCAAAUUGUAAAUAAACUACAGAAUUAAGUCAAGAAAAUGAAUAAUUUUAAAAAUAAAAUAAUGUCCCCAAGAGAAAGGCUGUUGGAAGAAAUACGCAAACGCAUACCGAUUGAACCAGAUUCGGAAGAUGGAAAUAGUACACCAAAAAGUAGCAUAUCAACAUCAUUUGAGAUGACAUCUCAGGUUGAGAGUUGUACGGGACUAACGAAUGAAACUCAUUCAACAUGGAAAUACAUCGUAAUUGUAUUAUCGACUGUCAUAUCUUUGUUAUGCCUUGGCCUAUUGGUUUGGUCCACUUUAUACAUAGCUGGUUGGCCGAAAUCCACACCUAUAUCGAAAUCAACAUUCUGGAACUCUGAAGUUGGCUACUGGGUAGAUGUAUUUGCUUUCAAAGAUUCCAAUGGAGAUUUAGUCGGUGAUCUAAAUGGUUUCUUAUCUGAAGUGGAUUAUAUAAAAGGUGUAAUUGGUUCGGGAUUUGUGAUUUUGGGUCCUAUCACAAAAGGAUUCUAUAGCAAUUCACAUAAUAUGAUCGGAUUGGUAGACGAUUAUGAGAAGUUAGAUGAAGCAGUUGGUACAAUGGAUGAUUUUCGUCAUGUCUUAAAGCAAUUUCAUGAGAAGGAUUUGAAAGUUGUUUUGACGUUCGAUUUCAAUUCCGUAUCUAUCAAUCAUAAGUGGAUUAAAGAAAACCGUGUCAAACCAAAAGUAUUCGAGAAUAGUUUAAGGAAUCAAAUAUCAAGAUAUGGAAAACCACUCAGUGUAGAUAUCCGUGGUCAGAAGUAUUAUUCGGUAUUCGGAUCACCGAGUGUGGACCUAGAUUUGACUGAUAUUGACACUCAGAAUGCCAUAUUUGAUGUUAUUCAUUAUUGGAUGAGAGAGGGAAUAGACGGUAUUCUGCUAGACAACGCUGCAUAUUUUGUUGAACAAGAAGAACAACAUGAAACACAAAAGAAGGUGUUGUCCUGUCCUCAAAGAGAAGAAAUAUAUACACAAGGAAAUGUGAAGUUUGUCGAAAAAGUUAGAGAAGGAAUUGAUAAGUGGAUGAAGAUCAGAGGAAGAAAAGUAUUACUGGGUGUCAACGCAGGAGAUACGUGGUGUGAUUUGACUGGCAGACCUGAUCCAAUGUUGAUCUUUCGAGAGGUAGCAGAUGUGAUAAUUAUCCGUGAAUUUCUACCAAACAGGGGUUGUAAAGAAAACUUUCCUACAACAAAGAACCUAACAUGCAAGUAUCACAGUUACCAAGAUGCUUAUAAGCAGAAAUUAGGGUUAACUGUAUCCACUUCAAGCUUCCCCUCCAGAAAAGACGUGCUUUCUCUAGCUGCCUCAUUAUUAUUACCAGGAAUACCGAUAAUUUAUUAUGGAACUGAGCUUGGUAUGACUAGUUUCAAUAAAGGACGUCGACCAGAACAGUUGUAUCCAAAAGGAAAAAGUUACAAUAAUGAGGGGCUAUUCGAUUAUGGUUCAAUACUGUCUCACCAACCAAUGCCAUGGGAUACAAGUGGACAGAGAUUUUCAAAAGCUAUAAACGAUUCCAGCUUCAAAAAUUACGUGGAAAAAAAUAUUAAAAGUGAGGUUGUUGAGAAUGUAGUUGAUAGAAAAUGUGAACAAACGGUUUACUAUCUCGUCCAAAGACUGAUCAAUUUGCGUCAAAAUCCGACCUUCAAAUCGGGAACAAUGGAGGAACUAAGCAGUUUUAAAGAUUAUGAAAAGCAUUACUAUGGUGUAUUCGUAAGAAGAGCUGCAGGUUUUCCUACAUUCGUCAUAGUACUAUUGCGAUACACACCACCUAACUUCGUUCUGGACUUCAGAUAUAUUUGUUCUUCAGUUACUGUUCGACUAGCAUAUCCUUCGAUUCCUAAUUUACCGGCUAAUAAUCUAUUACGGUGUCCUGAAAUACAUCUUGUUAACAGUACAUUGAGUAAUCAAAUUAUAGUACUUCAAUGUAACUAA